GGGAAUUUCAGUGUCGGGAGCCCUAAAAUCAAAAGCAAUCCCUAGAUUUGUUCCCACCAAUUCUCUUUAUUUUGAAAAACUCGGAAGAAGAUCUCAGUUGCGACGAGUCUGAUUCUCAGAGAAAUGGGGGAAGCUUCUGGAAAAAUCGAUCUUGAGAAGCUGAUUUUGUACAGCGACGAUCUGGUGGGGUUUUUGAAGGACAAGAAGGACCUGAACAACUUGGAGCAUUCUCUCCAACACUCCAAGGCCCUCCGCUCCUCAUGUGAUGCCGAUUUCAACGAAGUUCAGAAUUUGCUUCGAGACUAUGAGAAAAAGAUAGAUGAAUGCAAGCAGAAAACUGAGGUGGCAUAUUCAGAGGUUGUUGCUGAUGAAGAAAUAGACCUUCUUCAAAGAGAACUUGAUGGGGUCAUUGAAACAGAAAGUUUGUUUAUGGAGGAGUUAAGAGUGGUCACUGAUGAGAUUAAUGAUUUAGAACACCAAAGGAUUGCUCAUCAGGAGAAAAGGCGAAUUUCGAAGAGACACAAGCAAGAUGAGUUCAGAAAACUGAGGGAGCUUUCCAUGCAUGCUUCUGUCACAAAUAUUAUACCUAAGAGGCUGGAAGAUCAGUCAAGUGUUUUGGGCUCUAUUGUGGAUAGAGAUACCAAAACGCAUCAGAAGUUUGAAUUUGAUCUGACAAAGAUGACGGCCUUCGAAACAUGUAAUAGCAUUUGGAAGAUGAUUUCAUGAUAGAUCUUUAACAUUUCCUCUUCAGAUGACUUGCAUAAUAACCCAUAGUUAUUUGCUUCUUUUAUGUUGUUCUACGGACUUGAUAUUGUGUUUUGGAAGUUUUGUAACUUAUGAUGACACAUUGUAAAGCACAGUUUCAACGCUGAUUAGUGGGGAUGGUGUUGGUGCCUCUUGGAGGCAUUUUGGGUUGGUUGUUUACUUAUGUUUAAGUGAUGUAAUGUAUUUCUUAGAGAAUUUUGAUAUUUUUGUGAAUAAA